CGCUUUCGCGCGCAAGGAUCACACUGGCCUGUGGCGCGUUUGUCACCAAAAGGAUCGCCGCUGUUUUAACGGUCGCGUUAAAAAUUAAGCACAUGAGCUACGGGCCUUUGCGGGCCACGGUGAAGUCCCUUUUUGAUCUGUAACGUGGUGACAAAAGGCAGCAACUGCACACCAUGGAUUCCUAACCCGUUCAAAGGAUGCGUGGCGUAACGGAAAUUAAUAUUCAAAAAUGUCAUAAUGGUGUUGGAGCGUCGUGAGUGAGGAAAGGUGUGUUGCGCGUGUGUGUGUGGGUGUGUUCCGGGAAGGGGUGAAAUUGGAAGCGGCAAAAAGUGGCCAACCGCAAAGACGUGAGCUGCUAAAAAUUGAGUGCUUUCACAUGCCGCCACUUCACACCGGGAUUUAAACGCUUUUGGUGUCGUUCGGUUAAGCUUUCGUAAAUAGAAGCGCACGUAGAUAGUAGUAGGCUUGCGUACGUGGUGUCGGUGAAGUGUCAAACGAUCGUUCUCAGCGUAUCCGGCUCGUCAGCGGGAGCCAAGUAGAAGUUCUUCAAGUUAACACCCCGUACCCCGUUAAAGUGGGGUGAAGAGGCUGACACGACUAAGGCGCUCCGUCCGGAACAAGGAGCUUUAGACCAAGCUCGAAACCGGGCUAGGAAAGAAUGGAAGCUCAGCUUCGUUAAUCCUUCCAUCGUGAAGCCGUAAAUGCCGGGAUCCUUUCGGAUCUGCACGCUGUAUGGAGCGCAUCUUCAAUUGACACCUUCACCGUACGCUCUUCAGCGAAGGACUUUGACGCGUGGUGGUGGUAAUGUUGGUGUAAUUAAAAGAGUAGCUACGUGAAAGAUUACCGCACGAACACGAACGGGCGCACACUUGAGGGAAAAUAUUAGCGGAGGCAUUAGCUACACAAUUCUACACCGGCACAACAAGGCCCGAGUCUCCAUCGUACGCGCACCGGAUAAUGAACAGUCAACUGUGCAGAAUGUCAACCAACGCAUGGACCGUCGCCGUAGUGCUGCUGGUUAUUGGAAUUGCGUUUGCCAGCAGCAGUGCCAGCUACAACAUGGUAGAUCCUCAGCGUGUCCUCAGCAACGCUGGCAUAAGUCUCGGGGCGAGCGUCGGCGGCGACGGUGCGGCUGGUGGCGGUACGCUCAACGAGCUCGUCGACGCGACGCCACCGAAACCCACGGAACUGUUGCGAAAUAUUGUCGCCGUACCAUCUGUAAGCGUCACACGUGAAGCUACCACGGCUGACCUUACGUCAACAGCACCAUCCGUGUACAAUGAAACCAGCAGCAACGCCACUGACAACAGCAUCCUCUGGAGCAAAUACAUCGCCCGGUCCGGAUACGCGCUCCCGGUGGAUCCUCUGUUUGUGGCCAAAAUCAAUCCCUUCUGGCUACAGUUCGAACCACCGUCCGCUGGUGAACAUUACGGGCUGGCCGUGUUCUACUUCCUGAUGAUGCUGUUCGGUGUGAUCGGAAACGCGCUGGUGGUCUUCAUGUUCUACAGAUACCGCUCGCUGCGUACACCGGCAAACUAUCUCGUUAUCAAUCUGGCUGUGGCGGAUUUCAUCAUCAUGAUGGAGGCGCCCAUGUUCAUCUACAACAGCAUCCACCAGGGUCCAGCCCUUGGGUCGAUCGGAUGCACGGUGUACGCGUUGAUGGGCGCUCUGGGCGGAACUGUGGCGAUCGCCACACUAACCGUCAUCUCGAUUGAUCGCUACAAUGUGGUCGUGUACCCACUCAACCCGAACCGUUCAACGACCAAGCUGAAGUGCUACAUCCUGAUCGCGUUCACCUGGGCGUACGGGCUGCUAUUUUCCAGCUUCCCAGCCCUAGAGAUUGGGCUGAGUCGCUACUCGGCCGAGGGAUACCUGACGGCCUGCAGCUUCGACUAUCUUGACCGCACGUACAAGGCGCGCGUGUUCAUGUUCGUGUACUUUGUGUUCGCCUGGCUGCUGCCGUUCCUGAUCAUCAGCUACUGUUACGCCCGAAUCCUGAUCGCCGUCAUCAACGCGAACGCCAUCCAGUCGAGCAAGAGCAAGAACAAGACUGAAGUGAAGCUGGCGGGCGUUGUCGUGGGCAUAAUCGGGCUGUGGUUUGCCGCGUGGACACCGUACGCCGUGGUCGCGAUGAUGGGUGUGUUCGGGUACGAGCAGUAUCUAACACCGAUGAACUCGAUGAUACCGGCAGUGUUUGCUAAAAUAGCGGCCACUAUCGAUCCGUACUUUUACGCGAUGAACCAUCCCCGCUACCGGCAGAUGCUGGAGCGCAUGUUCUGCAAUCGUGGUGCCGACCAGGGCAACUCGCAGUACCAAACGUCACACUACACGCGGGGUGCUUCGCGGGCCGGCGAUUCGGACGGGGGCGGUGGCGAAGAGUCGGGUGGUGGCGUUGGACGUGUUCCGGGCGGUGGCGGUAAUGCCGCUUCGAUGCGUGCUGGUAGCACCGGAAGAGGCGGACGAUUGAUCACGGCCAAGGGCAUGGCAGGAAUCAAUGCCGGCAGUGGCAAUGCGGGUGGUGGCGGCGUCAAGGCGCUCAAGAAGCAGCUCUCGAACGGCGACGAAACGUCGCUCGAGGUAUCGCUCGAGAUGUAACAGUGCUGCCGGCGAGGAGUUCAGCUCCUUCGCGUGACGGACGACUACGAAAACAGUGCCUUCGUGUAGAGUAGCGGUAGCGACGGAAGGGAAGAAAGAACUACGACGGAAGGGAAGAAAGAACUACGACGGCGGGUGGUAAUGGUGGAACGUUGGACGAAAAUCGGUAAGGGAAGAGAUGCUGUAAAGCGUCGUAAUCACAGAAAAUUACCGGAAACCGAAGGAACGAAUCGCUCAUUAGGGAGCGAAGAAAUGCAGGAGUCUUUGGCCGACCUCCAGUUUGCGGAGGUGUAGAAGCCAACGGAGCAAUACGAAAGAGAGAUAAAAAAGAGGGAUAAAUGAAAGGCAUCAUUUUCCGCUUAGGAAAACCGCGUACGGUUUUUUUUUUUUUUUCAUAACCGGUGUCGUACGAGCACGAGUAAACAAAGCUCUGGCUUGGCGUCGGCAAAUAGCAGAAGAAACUUGCAGCGACACGUGUGAGAGAUAGCAGAAGAAAAAAAACCAAGCGAGAACUCAAGUCUGAAUGGCGAAAUGAUUUAUAGAAAUGUGUAGACAGCAGCAGGAAAAAAGAGGGAACUAUAUGUAGUUGCGAAAUGCAACUUGUUUUUCAGCGAAACCGUGCGAACCGAAACACUAAUGUCUCUUACGGGGGGAGAAGCACGCUAGGUAAGAGUUGGGAACACUCGAACCUUUCUUCCCAUAGGCUGCCGCGCAUCCGGCGUGAUGGAUCCUUUAUUGAGAAAUCACUAAACCCAAAGCUGCUCGCCCUACGUGUUCGGAAUUGGUUGGGCCCCGAAGAAUUGGUCGUAAAAUAACACAUUGUUUUUGGCACCAUCGGACGCGGUCGCGGGAGAAGCGUUUUUUUUCGUCCGCUUUUCCAAACUUUUCCAGCUUACCAUCACAGAUUGAUUGUUAGUGGCUCUUAUUCCAUGCUAUGUGGCGCGGCGGUGCUGCUUCUUGUGAUAGGCUCUGGUUUCGGGGGACCAAGGAGAGUAGGAGCGGCGGCAGGAGCCUAAGAACGUAAAAAAGACACACAAUAGUAUUGCUGUGAAUCUAUUACGCGUGGUCGUUCCUCCUGUCUUUUGCUUGGUGUUAUUUAUCGACAGUUGGAAGAUAAGAGCGGGUAAGAUACAUGGCCAAUCUUGAGUGAGGUAAAACGGAAAAAACGGAUGGUGCCAUCUCGCCGUUGCGGAAAGAGAAAGUGAGAUAGAGAGACAGUGUGUACAAGAAAACCGCCGCCCCUUAAAGAGUACAGGCGGCCUCGAGUGUGGAAAACCAACCAGAAAGGAGGGGCGACACGGGUACAAAACAUGAUUAAGUGGUUGUUUUUGCUGGCGUGCAAAGUUCAGUCGGAAGUUAUCAUGCUAAGUGACAACCACCCCGGCCCACUCCGAACCUCUGAACCUCGGCUCGGACCUUAAGUCCCCUUUAACCGCGGGUUAAUUGUUAAGGCAGCAAGUUCAGCUAGAAAUCUUGCCCCGCUUUUUUUUUUGUCAUUCCCUCCCGCGCAACAGUAAUUUCUUCCCACGUCCGUCGAUUAAACCAUUGCAAUAAUGUCGAAAUGGGUUUGCGUCUGUUGCUAGCGGAGAAAACCAUAUCCCUACUCCUUCUGCCCCGGCCAUACACGGAACAACAACCACCCCGGAACGCCGCCGAACAGCUACUGACGGUGGUCGUAAAUUUUGAUGCCAUCACACUAUUUCUACGAGCGAUUGGUUCCCGGAAUCGGUCGACCCGCCGUGAUCUGAGGGCCAAACUGUUGGGGGAUGAAUAUUCAUUCCCUGGAGUUCGUCUAUCGAUUGAAGGACACACACACACCAUGUGAGCCUCUCUCUCGUUGUCGUGCGUCACGCGCGUUUGUGUGUGUGUGUGUGUUUGUUCGGUGUCAGUUGUUAUUUUUCACAUUGCGAUAUUUGUUAAAAUUCUAGAGCGAUCACACAGAACCACUAGAACAAAACAACACUAGAAAACACACGGCAACAUAGAUUGUUUGUUAGCGCAAGCAAGAUGGUGUUAACCGCCAUCAUAGGUGUUACACUUUCCCCACGCAAGAUCAAUUAUAGAACGAUUAAGGCAAGGUUUUAAAUGUCCAUACCCAUGUUCAGCAUAGCGUUACUCAACCACAGAUGUGUAUCUGUUAGUAGAAUCUCACGAAACUAAAACACACGCCACGGGACAGGGCCGUGAACCUGGGAUCGUCGUCGUUGCACAGGCAACAAUCGAUGUAAGCUUUAAUCUGUAGCUUUUAAUGAGCUAGCUUUUAGCGUAGGCAAAAGCUUUUCGCUGAAAGCUUUCGCGCUCUCACUCACACACAGCCACAGGCGGAAAAUUGCAAAUGGCGCAAGCUUUCAGUGGAAGGCUUUGGUUUUGGUGAAAGUUUUCCGGUUGUUUUUUUGUUGAAAUGUUUUCGCUUCUACGUGUGUGAAGCGAUGGAAAUGAAAACUUUACAAACCCCUUCGGCGAGAAUCUGGUGGGGUAGUUUUGAAGGAAGGAGCGAAGGAAAAAAGAACACGUUACUGAAAAAAUUGUGCCUUAAUUUUACCCAAUUGGCUGAACCUUUUUAACAACGCUAGGCUAGACAAACGACGGAUGAAGUAGUAUUCGAACUACAGCAGAACUACAGUAACUGCAUCGACAACCUUCGAUGCCGUGCCGAUACCAAUCUUUUGUUCUUUGCUGCAAUAUUACAUUCUCAUACACAACAUAGGUACAUUUCUUUAAGACGCUCUGACGGAAAACGGAGGCAAAAGAGAAAAGAGAAGAUACAGCAACGAGCUUAGUGAUGCAAGUGAUGGAAUCGAAAGUAUAAAAUUGAGGCAAAAGAAAGUACAAAGCGAUGGCUCGUGUGCGUGAGUGCGAAUGGCAUGGUGAAGUGUCAAAGAAACUGUUUAACCAACCACAUGUUCUAUCUUGAAUCCACUAUAUCAGCAGAGAAAAAAAGUAUAAAACGGUAAUCAAACAAAUAGAAACUAUUUUUAUGUUACAAAACAAGGAACACAAUUCUUCCAUAAAUACAAUACAUACAUACAUACUUACACACUGAUACUGACAUAGAAGUUGCCGACAACCAAAUUCAGAAAUCUAUCAACAAACUGUGUAACGGUGUUGGCAGCCGUCAACACGCCGGUUAAUGGAAGCAAACGCACGUGUUUUGCUGACUUUGUUAAACAAAAAACAUGAAUGUAUUGUUAGCAUUUAGUGCAGUUAGCUGAGAAAGUCAAUGAUAUAUUUUGAAAAACAGUUAAAAGUGGUCAGUCACACAGCACUAAGCAAA